CACACACAUCCACCCACCCACCACCUUCUCCUCCCCCCCCCCCCCCCUCCACUUCUACUACGGAAGCCAUCUCCUCCUCCGCCGCUCGCCGUCGCCGUCGCCGGCGACCUCCACCACCGCCUCCCCGACUGUACAGCCUCCGCGCCAGGCCGUGAGACGGGCCUAAGCCCGUUCGCGCGGGGCGGGAUGAAGGGCCUGUGGAAGCAGAGCGGCCUGGCGGGCAUGGCGUGCGCCGCGGACGUUGGCGCGGCGGGCGCGGGGCGGCGCGCGAGGCUCGCGGUGUACGUGCUCGCCGUGGCCUUCGCGGCAUUCACCGCGUACGUGGCCGUCUCCUCCUCCUCGCCGCCCCCCGCCGGGGAGGGCGCGUCGUGGUUCGGCGGGGUGUACGCGUCCACGGCGCCGUACCGCGCGCAGGUCUCGGGGUUCUUCUCGUCCAUCUUCCCCACCGGCUCCUCCACCCCCUCGCCGGAGCAGCAGCCGCCGCCGCCGCGCCGCGGCGAGGGAGGCGGCCAGGUGAGUAGCCAUGGGAUCGAUGAGCACGCGCGGGUGCGGAGCGGCGCAGCGCACAGCGUCCCUGUCGAUCCAGCUGCGUCUACCAAGCAUUCGGGAAGUGGAGGUGGAGGUGGUGCGGCAAGCAACAAUGGCGGUGGUGGGAGUGCGCCUCCGCCCGGCAAUUUGGCAGGAAGUGGCACUCCACCUGCAAAGGGAAGCGGCGGCGACGGCGGCGGCGCUCCGGCGAAUAAUUCCACAAGUGGCGGCGCCCCGGCGAACAGCGCGGUGGAGCAGAGUAGCCCGGCCGGAGAUGGGGGUGGAUCCCCAUCCACAGCCAGUAGUUCUGCCGGAAAAUCAUCCUCCGCGAACACCGGCGAGGAGAGUGUAGAUAAGUCCAAUAAGCAGUCAGGAAGUGGAGGUGAAGCUCCCAGCAAUGGCGAUGCCGUUUCUGACAAGAAGAACAGCACGGCGAAGGCCGAUACCGAAGUUGCUGUUAAAGCAUCCAGUGAUAAUUCUACUGGAACUGGAAGUUCAGCAAAGGGUGAAUCUAAUGUUGGAUCUAAUAGCAGUGCAGGAAGUGGAAAUGGUGUUGCAAGUAGUGUUUCUUCUGCUGCUGUGAAUAGCACUGCGGUAAAGACAGAUGCAAAAGACGUAGUCGUUGCUACGAGUACUGAUUCUGCCGGAAGUGUCUCAGAUGUGAAGGCCGAUUUGAGUAACAGAUCAGAUACUCCGCCAGCGAGUGGAAGUGGACAUUCCAACCAUACAUCAGAUGUGACUGUUAGUCCGGCGAAGGGAAAUGCUAAAGAUGGCGGAGCUGAUACAAAUAAAGCGAGUGGGAAUGUGGCUUCAACUAGUAAUCAGACUGCUAGUACUGCAAUGGUCGCAAAGAAAGCGGGUGGAUCCCCAAGCAAGAAUCAGACAUCUGUAGCAUCGACAAAUUCGAAGAAUCAGAACCAGACUAGUGCUGGAGUUGCUUCUGGUGGAAGUAGUGGUACAACAAGUAAGCAGGAGGAAACAACUUCGCAGGGUAGUGUUGGUUCAUCUAAGGAUCAUCCUGCCCAAGCAAUCAACUCAAAAACUAGCAACUACAGCGAAGUGCUGGUGAAGGGGAAUGGAUCAUCAACAAAACAGGCAUCACAAAAACAGCCUGAUAAAAAGGUUGACUGGAUCAAGGAGAUGGCCAGCUGUGAUAUGUUCCAUGGGAAUUGGGUUCGGGAUGAGUCGUACCCUCUCUACCCUGAGGGAUCAUGCCCUCACAUUGAUGAGCCCUUCGACUGUUAUCUCAAUGGCCGGCCAGAUCGAGCCUACCAGAAGCUCCGGUGGCAACCUAGUAGCUGCAACAUCCCGAGAUUGAAUCCAACUGAUAUGUUGGAGAGGCUGAGGGGGAAAAGACUGGUUUUCGUUGGUGAUUCACUUAAUAGGAACAUGUGGGAAUCCCUGGUCUGCAUCUUAAGGAACUCCGUUAAGGAUAAGAGGAAGGUUUUUGAGGCAUCUGGUAGGCAUGAGUUUAAGACUGAGGGCUCAUACUCUUUCCUGUUCACGGACUAUAACUGCAGUGUGGAGUUUUUUCGCUCCCCUUUCCUAGUCCAAGAAUGGGAGAUGAAAGUGAGCAAUGGAAAGAAAAAAGAAACUCUUAGGCUUGAUAUAGUCGAGCAAUCAUCACCAAAGUAUAAGGAUGCAGAUUUUCUAAUUUUCAAUACUGGACACUGGUGGACACAUGAGAAGACUUCUCUAGGGAAGGAUUACUAUCAGGAAGGUAAUCACGUGUAUAGUGAGCUCAAUGUUGUGGAUGCCUUUCACAAAGCUCUUGUCACCUGGUCCAGGUGGAUUGAUGCGAAUGUAAAUCCCAAGAAAACCACUGUGUUGUUCAGAGGCUAUUCAGCAUCCCAUUUCAGUGGUGGGCAAUGGAAUUCAGGUGGUAGCUGUGACAAAGAGACAGAACCAAUAAGAAAUGAACAGUACCUGUCAACCUACCCACCAAAGAUGAGCAUUUUAGAGGAUGUGAUCCACAAGAUGAAAACUCCAGUUGUUUACUUGAAUAUAACAAGGAUGACUGACUAUAGAAAGGAUGCACAUCCUUCAAUCUAUCGCAAACGGAACCUGACUGAGGACGAGAGAAGAUCACCAGAGAGAUACCAGGACUGCAGCCACUGGUGCCUUCCUGGAGUACCGGAUUCCUGGAACGAGCUGCUUUAUGCCCAACUUUUGAUCAAACAGCAUCAAAUGCUCCAACAAUAAAGGCAAGUAUGGGGUUUUCUGGAUGAGGGUGCUUGUAGUUGUAUAUGAACUGUUCGCCAUGAUAAUAAUCAACACGAUUACCAAAAGUAAGGUCGAUAGAGACCUAGGGAUUUUGAAAUCCCUAUAGAGAGUAAAGUUGCCAGUUGAUGAGAUCUCUCAAUACGCACACAAAUUCUUGUGUUAGAGGCUUCUAGGACUUCAUAUUGUAAAGUUCAUGUGUAGUUCUAAUGAGUAAUAGACAAUAGUAUAGAUGCUAUGAUAUAAAAAUUAUUCCUUUUUUGGCAGUUCCUGGCAUUUAUUUUGUAUUUAAGGAUAUACAAUAUAAUCUCAUCUGUGACUUUAUCAUGAA